CCAUCAUCUGAAUUGCGCCGGAAGUACCAAGCUGAUUGGCGCUAACCCGCCUCCUUACGUCAUUUCCGCUCUCGUUCUUACUCAGCUGUUAAGGAAACCUGGACGCGGACUCCGCUCUCUUUUCCUCGGCCUGCCGGGAAGAUGGCGGACAUUCAGACUGAACGAGCUUACCAAAAGCAGCCUACCAUCUUUCAAAACAAGAAGAGAGUGCUGUUGGGAGAAACUGGCAAGGAGAAACUUCCCCGUUACUACAAGAACAUCGGUCUAGGCUUCAAGACGCCCAAAGAGGCCAUUGAAGGCACCUACAUAGACAAGAAAUGUCCCUUCACUGGUAAUGUCUCCAUCCGAGGGCGAAUCCUGUCUGGUGUAGUCACCAAGAUGAAGAUGCAGAGGACCAUUGUCAUCCGCCGGGACUAUCUCCAUUACAUCCGCAAGUACAACCGGUUCGAGAAGCGCCACAAAAACAUGUCUGUGCAUCUGUCCCCUUGCUUCAGGGACGUGCAGAUUGGUGACAUCGUGACGGUGGGCGAGUGCCGGCCCCUGAGCAAGACUGUGCGUUUCAAUGUGCUGAAAGUCACCAAGGCUGCUGGCACCAAGAAGCAGUUCCAGAAGUUCUGAGGCUGAACACUGGCUGACUCCCCAGACAAAAAAUAAAACUAUUUUCCCAUUCAUA